AUGGCCGCGUCCACCCUGUCCGUCUGCUCCAGCGACCUGAGCUACGGCAGCCGCGUCUGCCUGCCCGGCUCCUGGGACUCCUGCCCCGACUCCUCCUGGCAGGUGGACGACUGCCCAGAGAGCUGCUGCGAGCCCCCCUGCUGCGCCCUCCCCUGCUGCACCCCCAGCUGUUGCCAGUCCAGCGGCUGCACCCCUGUGAGCUGCAGGUCCAGCCCCUGCCUGACCCUCAUCUGCACCCCCGUGAGCGGCGGGUCCAGCCCCUGCCAGUCAGCCUGCACCAGCUCCUGCCAGCCCUCCUGCUGCAGCUCCUCCCCCUGCCAGGAAGCCUGCGGUGCAUCCGUCUGCUGCACCCCUGUCUGCUGCAGGCCCGUCUACUGCACCCCUGUCUGCUGCAAGCCCGUCUACUGCACCCCUGUCUGCUGUGAGACCUCCCCCUGCUCGGCCUCCUCAUGCUGCCAACAGUCUAGCUGCCAGCCCUCCUGCUGCAGCUCCUCCCCCUGCUGGGAGGCCUGCGGUGCGUCCGUCUGCUACAAGCCCGUCUGCUUCACCCCUGUCUGCUGCGAGGCCUCCCCUUGCUCAGCCCCCUCCUGCAGCUGGCCCAGCCCUUGCUCCUCGUCCUGCUGCAGGCCUUCCUCCUGCGUGUCCCUGCUCUGCCAGCCCGUGUGCAGGCCCGCCUGCUGCGUGCCCGCGUCCUCCUGCCAGCCCAGCUGCUGCCGCCGGGCCUCCUGCGUGUCCCUGCUCUGCCGGCCCGUGGGCUCCCGCCAGGCCUGCUGCGUGCCCGCCUCGGCCCAGAAGUCCUGCUGCUGA